GCGGCACCAAAACAACACGCGGCCAUCACAUCUACACCGCAUCUAUGGUUCACAGAAUCAUGGCUGCAUACAAAGCGAGGCUGUUGGAGUUCGACGCGCUACUGAAAGAGGAGACGAUAGACGUGGGGCGCCUGCGGGACCUGUGCUUCAGUGGAGUGCCAGAUGAAGGGGGCCGACGAGCACUGUGCUGGAAGUUGCUGCUCCACUACCUCCCCCUUGACAGGACGCAGUGGAACGACACACUCAACAAAAAGAGGGCACAGUACAACCACUUUGUCGAGGAGAUGGUGGUUGAGCCGGCCAGACUGAGCAAGAAUGGCAGCGGCAACAACCACGUGGACGACCACCCGCUCAACCCCAACCCUGAGUCACAGUGGGGGUCCUUCUUCAAAGACAAUGAGGUCCUUGCACAGAUUGAUAAAGAUGUCAGACGGUUGUGUCCCGACAUCAUGUUCUUCCAGCGAGGGACACAAUUUCCCUGCGAGGUGAUUGUGAAUGACCCAGAGGUGGAGAGACUGCACCGCCGGGUGACUCACUCCUCCCUUACCGCCACAGCUGUCACCAGGAAGGGCCUUGGCAUCACCAAGCUGGAGGCAUCAAACAGGAGAAGUGCCCAGACUGAAGACUACCACCCUCUGCCGCCGGGCUCAGAGGCUCACUGGGAGGUGGUGGAGAGGAUCCUGUUCAUCUAUGCCAAGCUCAACCCUGGCCAGUCUUAUGUGCAGGGCAUGAAUGAGAUUAUUGGGCCAAUCUACUAUACAUUUGCCAAUGAUCCAAAUAUUGCUUUCAGAGAAAAUGCAGAGGCAGACUGCUUCUGGUGCUUCAUAUCCCUGAUGGGAGAGAUCCGGGACUUCUUUAUCCGCACGCUGGAUGACAGUGAGAGCGGCAUUGGUGCCAUGAUGGAGCGCCUCAUGUCCAACCUGCGGCACCAUGACCACCAGCUGUGGAACAGACUCAGGACACAGGAGCUCCGGCCUCAGUUCUUCAGCUUCAGAUGGCUCACUCUGCUGCUGUCCCAGGAGUUUGACCUGCCAGACGUGAUACGAGUGUGGGAUUCUCUGUUUGCUGAUGCCAAUCGCUUCAGUUACCUGAUCCAAGUCUGCACAGCAAUGAUGGUAUUGCAAAGAGAUGUUAUGCUGCAGAACGAUUUUGGCUCCAAUAUGAAAAUUCUGCAGCACUACCCUCCAGUGGAUGUCCAGGCACUGCUCAGCAAAGCCACUGAACUGAAGGAAGGACAAGAACCUCCCAGUGAUCCUUCUCUCCCAGAGGACUCAAGUUGACCAAUGGAGGAGGACUGUGAGGCCAACAGGUAGUAUUACUGGUACCACAAAACAAGGAAUAGUGAGUGAUUUUUGUUUGUUAUAUUGUUAUUGUCAUGUAUUCAGAGACUUGUUAUUCCUGGGCUGCCGGGUUGAGGCUGAGGGGUUUGUUUGAUUAAAAGGGACGGUGGCUGACAUGGGUGGGUACACAGAUGCCAGCAAUGUUCUGUGGUGGUGCACUCCUUGCAGUGUAAUUUAGUCUAUGUUUGUCACCGAUUUAUUCUGAUGCAUUUCUUUGAUGGCAAUUUGAAGGAGCAUCAAAUUAAUAGCAAGAUGUCUCAAUGACUGCAAAGGAAAUCAUAAUAUUUGAUGUUAUGUUAUUAAGGAAAAUAUCUGCACAAAAUGAAUGACUUAAGCAUUUUCAAAUGUUGAAUACUUAUUUUUGAUUCUUAUUGUGAUCAGUAAGAAACUCUUAUACAUUUGAGUGACUUUUUUUUUUUUUAUAAGGGUUGGUAUCUUUCCUUCCCAAGGGCUGUGAUCAUUGCUUCCUCCCUCUCCCUGUGUCUCAGGAUCCUCUUGUUUUCUCAUCUCUUCCAGCUUUGACGUGCCCUACUGUCCCUCUCAAUGCCCAGCAAGCGUUACUAGCUAAGAUUGUUACGAUGGUCCUGAGGGAACCUUGUUUAGUUUUGUUUUAUUAUGCUCCUCACUGCUUUAAUUCUUACAAAAUGUCCCAUUGCCUGGCUGCCACUCAUGCAUCCUGAUAUCCACAAUCCAAGCACAAACUUUUGAACCUUGCCAUUAUUAAUGUUUUUAUCAUCAUUAUUAUUAUUACUUUAUCAACUGAUGACGUUGGCAGUGUCUAAGCACAUCCAUGAUGAGAGAACCCCCUGUGGGAGGCGGCUGCCUAGGCUUGUUGCUGUUAUGGGUGGGUUAGUGAGUUUAUUUGUUAUCAUUUUCUGUCUACCUAUCUCCAGUGUACCACUCUCUGUGGUGUGUGUGUCACAAUCAUACAUAAUUAGAGUUACGUGUAAUUCUACAAACUAUGCUAGUGUUGUGAUUUUUGUACAAUUUUCUAUACACUCAUCAAAAAGCAGUAUCAGAGAGGUUUGUGACCCAGCUUUUCAGGUUUCAGGAUUAAGAGAAGUUUCCACAUCAAGGGUUAGUUGCUUCCAAAUUAGGAGUAUGUGAUAUAAUUAAUUAUUGAUGUACAUACACAGUCAAAUUUUAUACUCCAUAUAUCCUGAACUACAUGGUUACUUUCUCAUUGUUGAUUUUGAGAUGGAUGUUGUCUUGCAAAACUUGGCUGACACAAGGCUCAUCCUCAGCACACUUGGCUCUCUAGGGUGAAGUGUUUUAAUUGUUACAUGUCCAUGUUGAUUCACCUUAUGGAUAGCAAGGGUUUGCCCCCUGAAAGGAAUGUUAAAGUCUUGUUGGUGUUUAUAUGACAUUCAUGCAACUUUUAAGAACUGUUUGCUGAGGCAGGUUCAUGAGUACAAGGCUUCAUGGCAGUUGAUGGAAUAAGGAGGCAACAAUCUGCUGUCUUGAUGGGAUUCCUUUAUAUGCAUAGCAUACUGAAGGACUGUAUUAAUAGGUGGAGAGUAUUAAAUACCACAAAACCAAAGAAAUGGGCCAACCUUGUUGAAGCAAGUGUUGUCUUUACAACCUUAGAGAGUUUAGGAAUCUAAUAUAUUUAAAUACGUUUAAGUUACACUGUAUGUACUGUGUAAUUUCAACAUUUAAAUUUCCUACAUCAGCGACACAAAGAUAAGCUUGAUGUUGUUCAUUAUUUUGAACACUUUGAAUUUGACUGUGUAUGUAAGUUUGUGAUCGGUCUUCAGGUAUGGAACUAGCAAUAAAUCUAUUGAUUUUGUACAUGUGAAGAAAAUGUUUCUUGUAGUUAUUUUUAAGCAUUUAUAUUUGUAGACAGAUGAAUCUAUAAUUUUUGUUACAAAAUGUUUUGGAAAUUUAAUGAAUAUAUAAACAAUAGCUAUUACAUCAUGCACACUCAGCAUGCUGAUAGCUUUUUCCAGUCUUUCAUGCAUUCUCACUCAUUUUGCCUCUAUGUAUCAGUCAAGGCAGUACGGGCCGUGAUUCGGGUGACUCGUUGCUACACAUUAGGUCCCACAAAGAGGGAAUCUAACAUUGUAAGAGUGACUUAAGCAACUUUCAGGUUAUUAAAUCAAAGAGUUUUCAAGAUCAAGUAAGCCUUAGCCACCACACAACAAAUCCUGCUCAAGUGUGAGGGUGAACCAGUGAACAUUUCUGCAACAAAAACUACUGUGUACCUACCUUGGAACCUCUGCAGACUGUGAACUCCUGAAAUAUUUCCUUGUGGUUGCAGGUCCUUCAAUACUGUGCCAAGUCUGUGGCACAAAGACUGCAGUCUCUAAUCCUUUCCUGGUCAGUAUUUCUUCUUGACAUAGCCACGAAUACUGCCUGUGAAUUAAUUAAAAAAUCUGGUGUGAACAAUGAAGGUAGGAUUCUUAUAAAUUAACACAAAUACUGUACACAGCAGUAUGCAAUAUAGAAAAAGUUACACAAGUCAUCAAAUAUGUCAAUAACACAUGAUUAAAUCAGCAUUGGAUAACUUUUUCUGGCCAAGUUAUUAAUUAUUUGAUCAGUUUUCAGUUCAGGAAUUUAUACUGAUGUGCUGACUAGCCAAUGCACUUAGGAAAUCUAUUUAUCUCCAUUUAUUUGUUCAUCUCUCAUCUUUUUAUCCGGCUGGCAAUCCCACACAGGGUGGCGUAGACAAAGCACAUCUACUUUAUCUACUUAUAUUAAAUCUUCAUUCAUAAUGUAAUUCAUAAUCAAUGUGUCUGAAGAAAAAUUGUGAGGGAGUUCACAGCAGAGAAAAGCAGGGCGGGUUAUAAGACUUAGACGACUCCAUUAGGUAUUACACCAAACAUAGAACUGUUGCUCCUUCAAGGCUCAUUCCUCUAAUGCAGAUGUUGUAGGAAAAUCCUUUCUCUUGCUGAAAUAUUUAGUUACAAAUUGUGAUGGCUCAUUUACUUUCAGCACUUUUGAUGAAUUUUUCAUUGGAAGGCAAGUAAAUUUCCUUCAACAAGUAUUUCUCCUUCAAGUCUUUGUGAAAGGAAUGUGCCAUGAAGCAAGAAGAGCAGUGUUAUGAAGGAAACAUUCUGUGUAAUACUAUGUACAAGGAAUGAGUCAAUACUUACUCAUAGCCCCCUUCAUUAGGUGAAAUUCUUCACUCAUUCCCACCUUUCAGUGAUAAGAAUAAAAAAAUAGCUAUUGAUUGAGGUCUAUAUUUGCCAGCCAAUGGGAUCCACAUUAUAAGCAAUACUUAUGUACCUGUGACUGAGGGCCCACACCAGGUGCUGCAGGUAUUAGGUCCAUGUAUUAAAGCUCUCAAAGGUCUGCUGAUAGCCUGUGCUGUAUGCUUCACUAUUACAUCGCCAGCAAGCACAAACUGUAUGGUCUCCCUUGAGUACCUGUCUGCACCAAAAAAAAAAAAAGUAAAAUCUUUCCAUGCAGACCAUGUAAGAUGUUCCUGUUUAAGAGCUUUGACAAAUGCUCAUUUAUCUUAGGUCUGAAGUAUUUUUAACUCAGAUAUUCUACAACAAUGUAUUCAUAGCAUUAUCAUAUGAUUUUUUUUUCAUUAAGUUGUGAUCUGCAUUCAUGAUUCCUAACUUUGUGAUGUAUAUUUAUGCUUUCCUCAGUGAGAGUGAGGCAGAAAGUGGCAAGUGUUGUGUGGAGUUGUUGAAUGUUAAACACUAUACAUAUUCUGGAUCUAAUUAUGUACAAAAUAGUUCACAAAUAACUUUACUGAAUGGGACGGAUAGUUUUCUGGAACACCAGCACUUUGCUGUGUCAUCUGGCACACUCUCACUGUGGUUGGGGUGAAAUGUUGACCCCUUGUCUCUGAUGCUUUGUUUACUGAGUUGUUACAUUACAUACAUGUCGUAGUCAGAGGCUCAGUUUCAAAGGCUUUGACUAACCUCCCUUUUUUUCCCAUGUUGAGAAAGCACUAGGAUCUUGUAAUUAAUGUACAAGAAAUGAAGCAAAGUUCUUGUGAGAACAGAGUAUGCUUUUGAGAGACCAAUUUUAAGUCCAAUUUAUACAACAUACUGCAAACUGUAUAUUUUUUUAAGAUGGUGUAACUAGAACUGUUGUUUUAACGUAAUGAAGACUUUAAUACUGAAGUUUUAUAUGAUGCCCUGAGACAAGUCAUACUUAAACUGUAGUACAGUACAGUAUUUUUUUCAUUAUGUACAUAAAAGGAAGGUAUGCUGAAACUCCUCUAUGUCAACUAGGAUGUUCUAUUAGCUGGAAUAAUAUAUAUAUAUAUUUUUUUUUUAUCAUGAAACAUUUGCCACAGCAUUAACUGAGUUUUGAAUACAGUGUAUGUAGUGAUGUGUUAUGAUGAUUAUUGAAUGAGUAGUGCAAAUCUACUACAAAGUAGAGAAAUAGAUUUAUGUUACUAUGAACAACUUGUGUCAUAAAGUGUAUAAAUGCUCAUGUCAUGUUCUCAAGUGUAAAGGAAGACAGGAGUACUUAGCAUUGUUGACUAAUGCUGCAAUCAACAUGUGCUCAGAGCCUGUGGAUGUUGCAUGUGUGCUUAUAUUUAGGGCUGUGAUAACCAUACCUAGAGCAUAUCAACACAAGCGAUGCACACUUCAAAGUUCAAUUUGAAAAAAAAAUAAUCUUGUUUAUUUUUGGUGACCUUCCAAAUAUCAUAGAUGACUGGUAAAGGUUGGCUGCUCUUUUCUCUUGUUCUUCUUGAUUCAGAUGUAAAUUAUACAAUGUACAUAGCUUGACUUGGCUUAUGUAUAGUAAUUCAUACCAUAAAGGGAGAGAGCAUUA